AUGCCGCUUGGCAAUAAGCCUCGUGAGACUAGUGGUAUGGGGCCUGCUUUCAAGGUUGUACGGAUUGGGAUUAAGCAGCGAAUGGCACACAAGAAGUACAAGAAGUGUGGCGCAAAAGUAAUUGCCCGUCAGAUUAAGAAAAUCCAAGAGAAGCCGGACAAGGUUUACACACCAUAUCCCCCGAAGACUCAUUUUGGUUAUUUCCCCAAACGUGAAAAGGUAGCUGUAAUAAAUAUUGGCCUGAAUGGCGAGGAAACUCUCAGCUACAUGUGGGUCCAUGAUCCCAGUUACAAGGCAUUAUAUAGUUAUGCUUAA